UUGACAUGAACAAACCUCCUGAAAUGAUAUCUGGCAAUAUGACAGCAGAUAAAUGAAAUAAAAAUACUUGAGACAUUUUUAACUACAGCAAUCAUCUGUCUAUGACUCGAUGGAUAUUGAUCAAACAGUUUCAUUUGGUGCAGCCAUGCGCGUCUAUUCAAGACUCUUUAUGAGGUAUAUGGAGAACAAAGAACCGGAGGCUCAGCAGUAAAAAAAGUGUAUAAACCUGCAUUUACCUUCCCAAUAAGAGUGACCUGCAGCAGCAGCUUUACCUGCCGGAGUCUUAUUUAUGUUGUAUCUAGUGGCACAUGUAAGCAUAUGUAUGGCCAUAUGGCACAAUUCACUCACCGCCAAAACCUGUGUGCAUAUGUUGUGUUUUUUUUAUUUGGAUCCACUCUCAAUUCGACGUGAUAUCGCCCCCUCGCCAAAACCUGUGUGGAUAUGCUGUGUGCGGGGCAUGUGGAUAAUCCAUGUUUUUUUAAUGGGUGGAACCCAUGGAUAAAGCAUUGGUUUGGUUAGAUAUGGGGUGAAAGGAAAUCAUGGAUUGGUGUGGUUUGGAUUUUGCAUAUCAACUAACAGGUUGGGGUGGGUUAAAUAAUCAUCUGAUGUUGCAUAUGGGCUGAGGUGGGUAUAGCGUGGAUUCCAGGCCAUUGGCAGGGUGACCAGCGAGCAUGAAACCCCGAUCAGCCCCUAGAAAUGGGCGCGCCAUGCAGCUAGAACUAGCGGAGCAAGUUAAGAGGCAAAGAGCACGCUGCACACCAAUAACCACAGCAAUGGCGGCCCCGAAAUGGGCUCCCUUGCUCCUACUCGGCCUCGCAAAACUCCUAUCCCUUGCCGCGCUUGCUUCCGCCAAGAACGACCAAGUCACCGGGAACCUGGUCUACUGCGCGGAUACCUGGUACCCCAGCUGCGACACGCCGGGGUACUGCCCGGCGACGUGCCCGUACACAUGCCAGAUGGACAGCGACACCUGCAAGCCCGUCUGCGACUGCCACAAGCCAGGCGCGGUGUGCGAGGACCCCAAGUUCAUCCGCGGCGACGGCAACACCUUCUACUUCCACGGCCGCCGGGACCGGGACUUCUGCCUGCUCUCCGACGCCAACCUCCACAUCAACGGCCACUUCAUCGGCAGCCACGUCCCGGGACUCAAGCGGGACCCCACCUGGGUGCAGGCCAUCGCCGUGCAGUUCUCGGGCCACCGCCUCUACGUCGGCGUGCUCAGGACCGCCGCGUGGGACGACGACGCCGACCGCCUCGAGGUCGUCUUCGACGGAGAGCCCGUGCACGUCCCGGCCGUCGCCAACGCCAGGUGGGAGGCGCCCGCCGUGCCGGCCCUGUCCGUGACGCGCACCAAGGCCGCCAACGGCGUCGCCGUGGAGCUCGCCGGCGUGUUCAGGAUCGCUGCCAACGCGGUGCCCAUCACCGAGGAGGACUCCAGGGUCCACAACUACGGGCUCACCGCCGAUGACUGCCUCGCGCACCUCGACCUGGCGUUCAAGUUCCACGCGCUCACCAGCGACGUCCACGGCGUGCUGGGGCAGACGUACCGGAGCGACUACGUGAACCGCCUCGACGUGUCGGCCCGGAUGCCCGUCAUGAGCGGCGAGAGGGACUUCGUCGCGUCCGGCCUGUUCGCCACCGACUGCUCCGUCGCGCGGUUCGGCCGCGGUAGCGGUGCCGAUGCGCUUGCCGUCGCCUCCGACGAGCUGGCCGGCGUCAAGUGCUCCACCGGCCUCGACGGCGUCGGGGUGGUGUGCAAGAAGUAAGCAAGCAAGCAACAUGGCCUCGCGCGCGCUCUCGUGCGCCGUGACAAAGCAAUAAGCCAAUAAUCCAUCAACGUGCGUGCACGCACAUACAAAUGACAAAUCGUUCGUAGCCUCGUAGGUGUUCAUCAAUAAGCUAGCUACUCCAAGGUCGAUGUGGUCCUGGUCCUGUGGAUGUGUGGCUCCUCUACUCCUCUUGUCGUUAUACUCCUUUCGCUUUCAUUUCUAAACUAAAGCAGCAACAGUUUUACUGAGAUUUCCUUUAGUGGAAACAUUUUUAACUCUCUAUAAAUGUAUAUGUGAAUUGUUUUCACAUGGGCCUUUCCUAUAACUGAAUCUUUAAUUUGUCUUUUAAUGCAUAGUUCUUAUGAGGAUUACAAUUAUCAAUCAAAUUGUACGUAUUGUUAGUUACUAACUACAAUGCUCCUCAAUGGAUGACAGGUUGGCUUUCCCUGGUUUCUCCCCCUUCGUCAUUGUCUUUUAUAAUUUUACCACUGCUUAGAUAGCAGUUUUCCCCAUUGAAAACAUUUUUUAAUUUUCUUUUUAAUAUUUUCCUCUUACUAUUGGAGCCCUUGAGCUGGUCAUGACUAAGAACAAGUCUCUUCAUCCUGAGUAAUAGAGCUCAUUAUUCGAAAGUUGCUUAUAUGGCAAUAUAUCUUGCUAUACUUACUUUUUAAAGAUGCCCAGUUAUUUCUAUACUGCACUUACUUUUUAAAGAUGCUCAAAAUCAGAGAUUAAAAUUGAUUCUUUUUGCAUCUAUAACUGCAGAUUAAGGAAAUGCUUUGUAUUGUAAAAUGGAGCAAGGAUAUUGGAUUGUGCACUUUCAUAUUUUGUCUGUUUAUGCUAGGAUAGAUAUAUGUCCAUUUAACUUCAUGGUGCUCGGUGAAAUUAUUAUGGAGUGAUUAAGCCUACAAUACAAGCAAGCUAACCAAAGACCAAACUGCGAAGGUACAGUGGUCUCUUCUAUUUGCCUUCGCGCACCUCAUGUCUUUAAUGAUGAAAAGCAGAUGUAAUACAAGCCACCUUUGAGAUUCAACUAUAGUCAGUUUAUUCGCUGACAAUUGCCAUAAUUCAACUCUAUACACAUUAAUGAUAGGUAUGCUAAUUAAAUUGUACACAUUGAAGUGUGUUUUUGCUGCUUAGGAAUGUCACAAGUAAACAAAAGAAUUUCAGGGUAUAAAAAAUGUGAGUGUUUCUCCUCCCUUCAUGUAUCAAUCUCUCAAUCUGAUCUGGUAUUGCUCACUGUGAUUUAUAGGGUAUGUUUUAUAAAUCCAUUUUAAAAUUCCUAUGUUAAAUAUGUAAUGAAAAUCGAGAAACUGAUAUUUGUGGGGACACAUGUUUCUACUUUCUACUACUGAUUAAUGUUUCUUUGCUGAAUGCUGACCGCGUGAACCUAAGUGGUUGGUAUAUCUGGAUAGCAUGACACUUGACAGUACAAUGAAUGGUUGUUUCUUCCUGCUACCAUUUUGCUACUGAAGUUGCCCAGUAAAAUUAUUUGUUCAGUUGUGCAGUCCUCAGUUACUAUUUGCAUCCAUUUUAAGCUAGCUGGAUAAUGACGCUUGGAAGAUAUGGAA